AUAAAAUUGUUUUUCCAACAAAUGACGAUUCCGAGGAGGAUAGCAAAUUCGAUGUUUAUGGCUUGAAGACAACACCACCGCCACCAAAACAGAAUGAAGUGAAAUUAGUUGAUAAAAUGACCUCUACCGAAUCAACUAUUAUAACAACUACAAAAUCAACCACGAAAGCCAGUGAUUCAGUUUCGAACUCAACUGUAAAAUCUUUUGACAAUCGUGGGGGUGUUCUAAAUUUGCCGCCACACUGUCCCAAAGGAUUCGUGGUAGUUAAUCAGUACUGU